AAGUACUUAAGAAUAACAAGAUGAUACGCCGUCCCUAUUUCAUACCGUUUUCUUUGAGUGUUUUCGCUUAUUCAUCUCCCGCUGUUCGUCGAUAGUUGAAAGAGACUUUAGCAAACAUGUCCACACCAAAAAAGAUGCCUUACGUGAGGCUGGGGAAUUCUGGCCUAAAGGUUUCCAGAAUCAUACUUGGCAUCAUGCAGUACGGCAACAAGGGAUGGCAAGAUUGGGUUCUCGGAGAGGAUGAAGCCGUUGAACACAUCAAGACCGCCUACGAAGCAGGAAUCCAGACGUUUGAUACCGCUGAUACGUAUUCCAGUGGUUACUCGGAAGUAAUUCUUGGACGAGCAAUCAAGAAAUUGAACUUACCUCGCAACGAAAUUGUCGUUAUGACAAAGGUGUACCAUGUAGUCGGACGUGAAUAUAGUGCCAGCCGAUUCUUUCCCGGGCGUGAUGAGCCAGACCGACAUGGCUAUGUGAACCAGCAUGGUCUCAGUCGCAAGCACAUCUUCGCAAGCGUAAAACAGAGCCUGGAGCGGCUUCAACUGGAUUAUAUUGACCUUCUACAAUGCCACAGAUUUGACAAGGAAACGCCUAUUGAAGAGACGAUGCAAGCAUUGCACGAUGUAGUACAAGCCGGCUAUGUCCGCUACAUCGGAAUGAGUUCGUGCUGGGCACAUCAGUUCCAAGCAAUGCAAAACUAUGCGAUCACAAACAAGCUCACUCCCUUCAUAUCCAUGCAAAACCACUACAGUCUACUCUAUCGCGAGGAGGAACGCGAGAUGUUUCCAACUCUCAAGAUGUUUGGUGUCAGCUCAACCCCAUGGUCUCCGCUGGCUCGCGGUGCCCUCACACGUCCCCUUGGACAGCAGACAGAUAGAGGUCAAACUGAUUCCAUGAUUGGGAAAUAUGUCAACGUAUCGGCGUACGAGACUAUCAUUAAUCGUGUCGAGAACCUUGCCAAGAAGAAAGGUAUAACCAUGGCCCAAGUAGCACUGGCAUGGAUAUUGACCAAGGAUGGAGUGUCGGCUCCAGUUGUCGGCACUACAAGUAUUGAAAAAUUGAAAGAUCUCAUUGCUGGAAUCGACGUGAAACUUACAGUGGAGGAAAUUAAAUAUCUUGAGGAAGAGUACAAACCUACUGCUGUGAUCGGUCAUUCCUGAGUAGUUGAAGGUACAACUCUGAUAGACAUCUAUUA